AUGGCUCAGUUCUACUACAAAAGGAAUGUCAAUGCUCCCUACAGAGAUCGCAUUCCUCUUCGGAUUGUAAGAGCAGAAUCUGAACUCUCGCCCUCAGAAAAAGCCUACUUGAAUGCUGUGGAGAAGGGGGAUUAUGCAAGUGUCAAGAAAUCCUUGGAGGAGGCAGAAAUUUAUUUUAAAAUCAACAUUAAUUGUAUUGAUCCCCUUGGAAGAACUGCUCUCCUCAUUGCAAUUGAAAAUGAGAACCUGGAGCUUAUUGAAUUGCUCCUAAGUUUUAAUGUGUAUGUUGGAGAUGCUCUAUUACAUGCCAUCAGAAAGGAAGUUGUGGGGGCUGUGGAACUGCUCUUAAACCACAAGAAACCCAGUGGAGAGAAACAGGUGCCUCCAAUACUCCUUGAUAAGCAGUUCUCUGAAUUCACACCAGAUAUCACACCAAUCAUAUUGGCAGCCCAUACAAAUAAUUACGAGAUAAUAAAACUCUUAGUCCAGAAAGGCGUUUCUGUACCUAGACCUCACGAAGUUCGCUGUAAUUGUGUUGAAUGUGUCUCCAGUUCAGAUGUAGACAGCCUCCGUCAUUCUCGUUCCAGAUUAAAUAUCUACAAAGCCUUGGCAAGUCCAUCUCUGAUUGCAUUGUCAAGUGAGGAUCCAUUUCUCACAGCUUUUCAACUAAGUUGGGAACUUCAAGAACUGAGCAAAGUGGAAAAUGAAUUUAAGUCUGAAUAUGAAGAACUAUCCCGACAGUGCAAACAAUUUGCUAAGGAUCUUCUGGAUCAGACGAGGAGUUCCAGGGAGUUGGAAAUCAUCCUGAAUUACAGAGAUGAUAACAGCUUGAUAGAAGAACAAAGUGGAAAUGAUCUUGCAAGACUCAAGUUGGCUAUAAAGUACCGACAAAAAGAGUUUGUUGCACAACCGAACUGUCAGCAGCUCCUUGCAUCUCGCUGGUACGAUGAGUUUCCAGGCUGGAGGAGAAGACACUGGGCUGUGAAGAUGUUGACAUGUGUCAUCAUAGGACUUCUUUUCCCUGUCUUCUCUGUAUGCUACUUGAUAGCCCCCAAAAGUCCCCUUGGACUCUUCAUCAGGAAACCGUUUAUCAAGUUUAUCUGCCACACUGCAUCCUAUUUGACUUUUUUGUUCCUGCUGCUACUUGCCUCUCAACAUAUUGACAGGUCAGACUUGAACAGGCAGGGGCCACCACCAACCAUCGUCGAGUGGAUGAUAUUACCGUGGGUCCUGGGAUUUAUAUGGGGUGAAAUUAAACAGAUGUGGGAUGGUGGACUUCAAGAUUACAUCCAUGACUGGUGGAAUCUAAUGGAUUUUGUAAUGAACUCCUUAUACUUGGCAACAAUCUCUUUGAAAAUCGUUGCAUUUGUAAAGUAUAGUGCACUGAACCCCCGAGAAUCUUGGGAUAUGUGGCACCCCACUUUGGUGGCAGAGGCUUUAUUUGCUAUCGCAAACAUCUUCAGUUCCCUGCGUCUGAUCUCACUGUUUACUGCCAAUUCUCACCUGGGACCUCUGCAGAUCUCUCUAGGAAGAAUGCUGCUGGACAUCCUGAAGUUUCUGUUCAUAUACUGUCUUGUGCUGCUAGCUUUUGCAAAUGGCUUAAAUCAGUUGUACUUCUAUUAUGAAGAAACAAAAGAAUUAAGCUGCAAAGGAAUACGGUGUGAGAAACAGAACAAUGCGUUUUCCACGUUAUUUGAGACACUUCAGUCUCUGUUUUGGUCCAUAUUUGGACUCAUUAAUCUUUAUGUGACCAAUGUCAAGGCACAGCAUGAAUUUACAGAGUUUGUUGGGGCCACCAUGUUUGGGACAUACAAUGUCAUCUCUCUAGUUGUUCUACUCAACAUGCUCAUUGCUAUGAUGAAUAAUUCUUAUCAACUCAUUGCUGAUCACGCAGACAUUGAAUGGAAAUUUGCACGGACAAAGCUAUGGAUGAGUUAUUUUGAAGAAGGAGGUACUCUGCCUACUCCCUUCAAUGUCAUCCCAAGCCCCAAGUCUCUCUGGUAUCUUCUCAAAUGGAUCUGGACACACCUGUGCAAAAAAAAGAUUAGAAGGAAACCAGAAAGUUUUGGAACAAUAGGGGUAAGAAUACAGAAUAGGCGGGCAGCUGAUAAUUUAAGAAGACACCAUCAGUACCAGGAAGUUAUGAGGAACUUGGUGAAGAGAUACGUUGCGGCAAUGAUUAGAGAUGCUAAAACUGAAGAAGGCCUUACAGAGGAAAAUUUUAAGGAGCUAAAACAAGAUAUUUCAAGCUUUCGUUUUGAAGUCCUGGGAUUGCUGAAAGGAAGCAAGCUUGCUUCUUUACGAUCUUCAAAAAUCAUGAAGGAGCCUCCAUUGGAGGCAGAGGAGAAGAGUGACAGUGAAGGGAGUGACAAGACAAAGAAAAAGAAUUUCAGCCUCUUUGAUAUCACUAGCAUGAUUCAUCCAAGGUCAGCAGCUAUUGCUUCAGAAAGACAUAACGUGAGCAACGGUGCUGCCCUCAUGGUUCAUGAAACUCCCAAAGAGAAGCAGAAGAAAGUGAACUUUGUGGCAGACGUCAAACACUUUGGGCUGUUUCAUAAACGCUCAAAACCACACUCUGCAGAGGCAAACACCAACCAGAUCUUCUCGGUUUCAGAGGAAGUUUCCCGUCAACAGGCUGAUGAAGAAUUUGGAAAACAUUUUCAACUGGAAGCAAGAGGACUGGCCACCAAAGGUGAACGGAGCAUCGCAGGACUCAGUGAACAGUGUGUGUUAUCAGAUACAAAAAGAAGGAAUAGAGAAACUUUGAAUUUACCUUUUGGGGAGAGCCUUUGUCCCUUGGAAUCAGAGAAGUUGGUGAUAGAGGACACUGUGCCCAUAAUACCAAAGGACAUGCAUGCUAAGGAAGAGGCCAGUGCUAAAGACUGUGAAUUAAAAAUCACAGAGACAGUGAUACACGAAGACUAUGUCACAACAAGAUUGUGAUAGUCAAAAG